UGUUGGUGUUUUAAAAGCUGAAGUUCAGUGGCGGAACGUACUGCUGGUUUAAGUGUUCUUAAAUGACUAGUCAGUAUACUGGAUUUAAAGUUGAGUUAACGUCGUCCGAACUUGGGAAGAUCGUUGGUGUUGUUUCAAAUGUUACCGAUAAGAAAAUUAGCCUUAUAAAUGCAGUGAUUAACAAUUAUCCCCCCACAAUCCCUUCGUUUGCUGUCGAGAGUAAAUUCAUCCAGAAUAUCCGGAUUCUUUCAACUGCAAGUAAUGGUGAAUCGUCAGGUAGUGAUACACCGGUUAAAGGGCCAAAUAAGUCCUCUAAUUCUUCACGAGAACAGCGUCGAGAGUGGCUAAGAAACAUCCCUAACGCUUGCAGUGUUUAUGUAUGUCCUGACUCACCACCUAUCAUUCAUAAAACGACUGGGGCACCAGGAUCUGGUAGCAACAUUCAUGAUUUUCAUAACGGCCUUGGACACUCAAAUGAUUUACAGCAGUUAGAUAACGCUCUGGCAAAGGCUUCCAUUCGCGAACCUAAUGACUUUAGUCCAGCUCGUAAGUAUGGUGUUAAUAAUCACCGUCAUGCCAAACGUCGCAGUUAUUCAUUGUCAGAAGCAGCUGGUACAAGUGAUAUAUCUGGCGGCGAAAGUGAUUCAUUCCAUCGUUACACAAAUUCAGGAUCGAAAGGUCAAUUCAACUGUGGUGGCGGUGGCAAUACUAAUCGACAUGCUCAAAAUCGCAGUCACCCACGUAGUAAUAAUAAUCACAAUCACCGGAGUGGGGGAAACACUGGACUAAAUGGAAGUGGGGCUGGUAGUGGCGGUCAAAGGAAUCUAGCAGAUUGGGAUCGAAUCUGUGUUGAAGAAUUUAUCGAUGAAGAUUUUGAUUUUGAAGGAAACUUAGCCUUGUUCAAUAAGAGUGCAUUCUAUGAAAUGGUCGAUUUACGCGAAGGUCAUUCAAUAACACAUACUUCUGAAAUGAACAAUUCUUCUGUUUCUUCUUCUUUACCACAUUUCAUUGAAGGUCCAGAUGGUGUUGGGAUCCCACUAUUCACUACUCCAACUUCUCAACCUUCCAAUUUAACAAGAACAACAACAAUGACAGCUGCAACUAAAACAACAAUGACAAUUACAGCCGCUGGUUGUCAUCAUGAAGAUAAAAAUAAAAUGAAAAAUGCACAAACAACUACUUCCAGUAAUAAAUCCAUUGAUUAUGAUCCUACUAGUCCAAUUGUAGUAGCAGCAGAAGCAGGCAUAGUUCAUUCAAAAGAUAAAGCUAUACAAGAAAAUGAUCUCAAUGGUAAUGUCAAUAAAUUAUGUCAUAUAAAUUCUAUGAAACGUAAUAAUCAAUGGUGGUAUACAUGUACAGGACAACGUGUACCAAUAUGUCAAUUAGAACAGCGUCAACGUUUACUUCAUUAUCUAGCUACAGGAUUAGAUUUAGAUAAUCAAAUCAAAAAUAACUUGUUAAUGUCAAAUAAUGCUGUAAGCACAACAACUGCAAGAAGUAAAUUUCAAGGUCUUACAUGGGGUCGACUUAUUGAGUCUGCCACUCGUCCCCUAGUUGAUAAUAUUAUGAUGCAUUUACGUCAGUCAAAUAGGACACCUCAACGAAUUAUUCACAAACCUCCAGCUCGUAUUCUAAUCAUAUCAAAUGGAUCUAAUCAUUUAGGUGCAAUAUUAUCAUUAAAUUUAGCUCGAUAUUUAUCUACACUUGGAGCUUGUGUUCUAUUAGUCACUUCCUCCAUGUAUAAUGCUACUAGUUCAGUGCAUAGUAAUCACACUAAUAAUGCUGCUUCUGCUACUACUCCUCCUGAAGAUGUCUAUGAUGAAUAUCCUACUGACACCUCUAUAAUGUCUACGUUAUAUCGUCAAGAAUUACACUUACUGAAAAAUUUAGCACCUAAACCAAAUCAAUAUGGACUAGAUGAUGUUGAUGACGAUGAUGAAGAUGAAUCGGAACGUUAUAAUGAUGAUGAAAGUGGAACAGACAACGAAAAUAACCGUGAUGAUAAUGGGAAUAGUAUAAAUGAUAACAAUAAUAAUGUCAGUACUGGUAUAUCUUUUGGAAAUGUUGGUGAACAAAAUGAUAUUGAUUUUGAUAGUAUGAGUUGUCACAAUCAUUCCGAUAUCAGUAGUAUUGUUGAUCAUAGUUCAGUUGGUCGUAUAUGGAUGAGUCGUAUGCCCGGAUUAAAAAUUAUCCGUCGUCCAAACUCUGUUACCAAACUGCCAAGUAGUAUACGCAUUGACCUAGUCAUAAUCGGUCAUCCAGAUGAUAUUGUUACUGUAAACAAAAACAAUACAUCAUCACCAUCAAAUACAAAUCUAUUGCCUAACUGGUUACGUAAUCACAAUUCCAUUGGUGGUAUUAUUCAUUUAACACCUUCUCAAUCUAUUGUUGAUUCGAAUAUUCUGUUAAAAAAUGCUCAACAUUUUGUUUGGCUAAUUGAAUUAGGCUUACCAAUACUUACACCACAAUGUUAUUCAACAUCAUCAUCAGCAGCAGCAGCAGUAACAACGCCUACAUUGUCUGUUCCUCCAGCUGAUGUCAUAUUAAAUAACAGUAAUAACAGUACACCAAUCAACACAUUCACUCAAUGGUUAAUUGAUAUAGGACUUGGUCGAAAUAUUGUUCGUAAAUUAAUUGGUGAUUUAAAUCUUCUCCCACCGUAUGGUUUAUUCGAUUUGGCCUCUAUGAUUCCUUUACGUGCAACACAAUUGAAUUCAGUACAACAACAACAACAACAACAGCAUCCAUUACGAUAAUUACUAUAUAAUUUAAAUAAAAAAAUAUACGCACAAAUUGUUUGAAAUUUUGAAAUUAAUUUUAAUGAAGAAACAAAAAUAAAAAACUAGUUGAGUUUUUCUUUUCCACUAUUUUCUUCGAUAUUUUGUAUAUAACAGUUGUGUAAUAGUUCUGUUCUUCUCAUAUGAUUUACCUAGUUGUUAUUUCAUUUCUCUUCCUUUUCUCAAAUUGUCUAUUCUGUAUUUUGAUGGUAUAUAUAUAUAUAUAUAUAUAUA